AUGUCUAUUGAAGAAAUCCCACAAGGUGCUGACGUUAAUGUCAUUCCAAAGAACGAAAAGAAAGCUAGAGAAUUGAUCAAGAAAUUAAACUUGAAACAAAUCAAAGGUAUUUCCAGAGUCACUUUCAAACAAAGAGGAAACUUGAUUUAUGCCAUUGAUUCCCCAGAUGUCUACAGAUCUGCUGCUGGUACUUAUGUUGUCUUUGGUGAAGCUAAAGUUGACGACAUGAACCAAAGAAUCGCUGAAGCUCAAGCCCAACAAGCUCAACAAGAAGCUUUACAAAAAGCUGCUGCUGAUGCCGGUAAAACCGAAGACAAAUCACCAGAAGCUAUCACUGCUGAUUUAGAAAAGGCUUCUUUGGCCGACAAAAAAGCUGAAGAGGAAGAAGAAGAUGAAGGUGAAGUUGACGAAACUGGAUUGGAUCCAAAAGAUAUUGAAAUUGUUGUUGAACAAACCCAAGUUUCCAGAGCCAAGGCUGUCAAGGCUUUAAGAAAUCACGACGGUGACAUGGUCAACGCUAUUAUGGAUUUGUCUUAG